AUGAAAAGAGCUUUAGAAAAAGGGCAGAAAAAUUAUCAAAAAGAUUUUAGAAAUCAAAAUAACUUAAAUUAUUAAGUAUUGAUUGCUUAGUAGAUUUCUCAAUACNGCCAAUAUAGCCUUGAGUUAUUUUAGGAAACUUGUGAGUAAAGAGAGGUAUAAUUUUAUGAUAUUCUAUUAGGAUUAUGAUUAUGUUCCUAUGUUUUGA